AGUUGGUUUUGUGGAUGCUCCGGUUGUUACCGAUUUGACAGCACAGGCAGUUUAAAUCCCACAGCAGGUUCAGUUUUUAUUAAACGUUGGACGUCAGGAAAUCUGAAAUAUCAGGUGAAUAAAUAUGAUACCACCAACGUUUAUAAACCUUAGCCGGUGUUUAUUCAGGGGAUCGCCGGACAUCGUGUUUGUGUAACUCCGUGUUAUUUUUUGGUUGUCCAGUCAACGAGUAACACGUGCAUUGUAUUUCUAAUCUGUGCUGGAUUAUUUCAGUGUAAGGGUUAGUGUCUCGGUAGAUCCAGCAGCACAGCAGGGCUGUUUUUUUCGGUCUUGGGUUUUAAAGACAGGAUUUUUAAUAUUGUAUCGGCACGCUUUUCCUUGUCCUGUAGACUACACGCUAAAAUGUAAGAUAGUAACAUCACCGCUCUGCCCCUACCACACCAGACAUGCUAGCUUGUAUUUAAUUAGCAACCUAGCCGUGUGUGUACAUUCGUGUUGGGCAGACGUUUAGCUACUAGCUAGCCGUCGAGCUAACGUUAGCCAGGCUACGUUGCCACAACAAUGGACGACUCUGGUAUCAAGAAACAGAACUGGGACGUGAAGGAGACGGAGUUGUUUCUGGAAAUCCUCAAAGAGCUGGACAUGAAAAAAUGCCUUGACGGAAGGAAAGUGAGGAAUAACAAACUCUUCAAGGUGGCACACAGGAGAAUGACAGUGGCCGGCUAUCACAGAUCUGUGGACCAAUUAAAGUUUCGCUGGAAACUUCUUAAAAGUGCGUACUACAAGUGCAAGAGAGAACCCAUCUCUCCGGCACCGACCAAAAUACAAGGUUGGUGGCGGUAUGAAAAGACAAUGAUAGCUAUCAUGGAGUCCAGACACCCCCUGGUCGGAGCUGGGGUCAACUCUGACAGAAACGAUGAAGUGACAGAGGACUCGGACGGAGAAGCAUCAAUGCUGCACUGGCCGCAGCCCUGCCCGGACAAUUCCACCCAGAACCUGGGUUUAAUUGUAGGGGUGAUGCCGUGCCGUAUCAAAAUGGACCCUGAGAUGGACGCGCAGCUAAAGAUUGGUUUUAUAGGAGCAGGGAACAUGGCCUUUGGCAUCGCAAAGGGCAUCUUGUCUGGAAAUGUUCUUCCUGUAAACGUGAAAGUGAGCGCACCGUCCUCCAGGAACCUUGGACGCUUUCAGGAGCUCGGGAUUGCCGUCACUCACUCCAACAUAGAGGUGGUCUCUGGGUCAGAUGUGAUUUUUGUUGCCGUCAAACCUCACCUGGUUCCACUAGUUGUCAAUGAGAUCUCGCUACACGUCACUGACCGACACAUUAUUGUGUCUGUUGCAGCUGGAGUAACACUGGCAACAUUGGAAGAGCUCCUGCCAGAGAAUUCCGUUGCCAUCAGGCUGAUGCCAAACCUCCCAUGUUUGGUUCAGGAAGGGGCUCUCCUGUUUGCAAGGGGAUCCCAUGCAAAACAGGAGGACGGAGCUCUCCUUCGCUCCUUGUUGCACCGAUGUGGUCUGGUGGAGGAGGGCCCUGAGGCCUGGAUCGACAUCCACACUGGACUGAGCGGGAGCGGAGUGGCUUUUGUGUAUCUGUUUGCUGAAGCGUUGGCAGAAGGAGCUGUUAAAAUGGGAAUGCCAAGUGCUCUGGCACACAGCAUCGCAUCUCAAACUGUUCUGGGUGCUGGGAGAUUGUUACGUGAGUCCGGGAAGCAUCCAGCUCAGCUCCGCUCUGAGGUCUGCACCCCAGGUGGAACAACCAUCCAUGGGCUUCACACCCUGGAACAGGGCGGUGUGAGGGCGGCAACCAUGAGCGCUGUGGAAUCCGCCACCGAGAGAGCCAGGGAGCUUGGCCGAAAGUCAGCAGCAGGAUGCAGUAAAUGAGGGCUGCUGUUUGUCUGAAAUAACUACUCGAUGGACUUACUUCAAGCCGCACAACAAACAGACUUUUUUUCAACUUCACUAUGGAACACAAAGACAAAGCAGCACUUUAAACUUUUUAUUUAAUUUUUACCGUAAUUGUUUUUUUCUCCCUUAAACAACUGCAGUUUAUACUUGUUAUUUCUGUCUUUCACCAGAGGGAUUGAUGUGAUCAUAAAGGAAAUCUUGGCUAAUAACAUUGACGUAAGUGAAGUAAAUGAAUUGAUCGUGACCUUG